AGUGGCCGUUUCGUUUGUGACUAGCUUCACAUUUGUAUUCUUCAAGCUAACAAAGUGUUAUUAUUGUUGUUAAAACUUUUCUUGAAUUAUAUUCCAACAGAAUAUAUUUAAAUAUUACAAGAUAUAAGUCACAGAAAAAUGGUUCGAGGAGGUCGAGGAGGAAUGAUAAGAGGUAGAGGAAUGGGUCGUGGGAUGGGAUACUUGAGGAAACCUUUUUUACCUCGACAUCCAUUUGAUUAUACACUUUGUGAAGUUGCGUUUCCGCCUGUCAAGCCGGCAGCUGAUGAAUCUGACUUCACUAUGGCAUUAUUGAAGAAAAAUUCUGACAUGUGCCCUACUCCAAAAGAGCAAACUGCUAUCUCUGACUUAGUAGUGAAACUUCAAAGUGUUUUAGACAAUUUAAUCGUAGCUCCAGGAACUUUUGAAGCUUGUCAACUCGAAGAAGUUCGUAAAGUAGGCAGUUUUAAAAAAGGAACAAUGAUAAAAGGUCACAACGUAGCGGAUAUUGUAGUGAUUUUGAAAACUUUACCAACUAAAACUGCAGUAGAAGCUCUUGGAAAUAAAGUUCACGCAGAUUUGAAAGCUGUUAAUUCAAAAGAUGUUUUUAAAUUAACACAGACUGAACGUGGAUUUGAGAUUUCUAAUAAUGAAGCAACUGUUCGCAUUUUAAUUACAACUCUUCAUCAAAAUCUACGUAAAUUAGAACCAGAUCAACAUUUAGAUGCUAAAAUAUGUCAAGGACAUUUGACAGCAAUUCGACAUUCUCGUUGGUUCGAGGAAAAUGCUCAUCACUCUAGUAUAAAAAUAUUGAUUCGUUUACUUCGAGACUUGAGAAGCAGAUUUGAGGGUUUCGAGCCCUUAACGCCCUGGAUGUUAGAUCUUUUAGCUCACAAUGCUAUAAUGAAUAACCCUGGAAGACAAGCACUGCCAAUAAAUCAAGCUUAUAGACGAGUUCUUCAACUUUUAUCUUCCGGACUUUUUUUACCUGGCUCAGCAGGUAUUUCUGAUCCAUGCGAGAGCGGAAACAUACGAGUUCAUACUGCUCUUACUCUAGAACAACAAGAUUUAGUAUGUUUAACUGCUCAAACACUUCUCAGAGUAUUGGCUCAUGGUGGAUAUAGACCUUUGUUAGAAGGAGCGAAUAAAUUAGCUACUGAAAUGAGCGUUUGGGCAGGUGGAGUGGUCGCUAGCCCAUUAGAUAAAGCCUACGAGCCACCUACAGACCAAGAAGCACAAGAAGACAUGGACGAGAAUAAUGAAGAAAUGAUAACGGAUACUACUUAAGUAUUUUGAUAAUUAUUUUUUAUUUAAUCGAUUUUUCAACGUUCUUUACUCUAAGUCAUAAUUUUUAGUAAUAAAGAACAUCUCAUUUUGAAUAUUCAACAUU